GUGACGCUGGCGUGGGGAGGGAGGCGGGCCUAGGGUCACGUGAGAGCGGAGCAAAGAUGGCGGCGGGCGGGCUGAGCGCGAGGAGCAGCAGAGAAUUAUGGACAAUUCUGCUGGGUAGAUCAGCUUUAAGAGAACCAGCCCAGAUUGCUGCAGAAUUGAACAAGCACUGGCAGAGGCUGUUAGAGGGACUGUCAUACUACAAACCACCAAGUACGACUUCAGCAGAAAAAAUUAAAGCUGAUAAAGAUGUAGCUGCUCCACUAAAAGAGUUGGGUCUGAGGGUCAGCAAGUUCUUGGGUCUGGAUGAAGAGCAGAGUGUGCAGUUGUUACAAUCUUAUCUUCAAGAGGAUUACAGAGGAACAAGAGACUCCCUGAAGACAGUUCUUCAGGAUGAAAGGCAGAGUCAGGCUCUGAUGUUGAAGCUCGCUGACUACUACUAUGAGGAGAGGAUCUGCAUCCUGCGCUGCGUCCUCCACCUGCUCACCUAUUUCCAGGAUGAGAGACACCCUUACACAGCACAGUACUUCCAGUGUGUUGAAAAGCUGGACAAGGAGCUCGUUCCGAAUUACCGCAAACAGUUUGAAGCGCUGUACAAAGCAGAAGCUCCUACGUGGGAAACACAUGGAAAUCUCAUGACAGAACGUCAGGUUUCCCGCUGGUUUGUGCAGUGCCUUCGGGAGCAGUCCAUGCUCCUGGAAGUCAUCUUCCUCUACUAUGCAUACUUUGAAAUGGCACCUGAGGAGCUCCUGGCGUUUGCAAAGAUGUUUAAAGAGCAGGGAUUUGGCACAAGACAAACCAACAGACAUUUAGUAGACGAGAGCAUGGAUCACCUUGUGGAUCGUAUUGGGUACUUUAGUGCUCUUAUUCUGGUGGAAGGCAUGGAAAUCGACUCCCUCCAUGAGCGUGCUUUGGAUGACAGGACAGAGGAGCACAAGUUGGCCAACAAUCAGCACAUCCACCAGGAGAUGGACAAUCAGCUGCUGCAGUUAGGGGAUGUCUCACAUCAUGCUCCGGUGCUUUUGGCCUGGGCUCUGCUCCGUCACACCAUAAACCCAGAGGAGUCCACAAACAUCAUCAGGAGGAUGGGCAGCACUGCCAUCCAGCUAAAUGUCUUCCAGUAUCUGACAAAGCUGCUGCGAUCCCUCAGCAGUGGGGGCAAGAAUUGUACUGCCAGCACAGCUUGUAUGUGUAUUUAUGGACUUCUUUCCUUUGUCCUGACAUCCCUGGAAUUACAUACAUUGGGCAAUCAGCAGGAUAUAAUUGAUGCUGCAUGUGAAGUUCUGGCAGCUUCCAGCAUUCCUCAGCUCUUCUGGAAGACGGAACCUACUGCAGGUCUGGGUAUUAUCCUGGACAGUGUUUGUGGGAUGUUCCCCCAUCUUCUCACUCCUCUCCUUCAGCUGCUCCAAGCCCUUGUGUCUGAUAAAUCUACUGCAAAAAAGGUAUACAGUUUCCUGGAUAAAAUGUCCUUCUAUAUUGAGCUGUACAAGCACAAACCUCCAGAUGUGAUCUCCCAUGAGGAUGGCACACUGUGGCGAAGACAGGCUCCAAAGCUCCUCUAUCCUCUUGGACUAGGUCAAACAAAUCUACGGAUCCCUCAGGGAACAGUGGGCCAAGUGAUGCUGGAUGAUCGGGCUUAUUUGGUACGGUGGGAGUAUUCCUACAGCAGCUGGACUUUGUUCACCUGUGAGAUUGAGAUGCUCCUCCAUGUUGUGUCAACAGCAGAUGUAAUUCAGCAUUGCCAGCGGGUCAAGCCCAUAAUUGAUCUGGUUCAUAAAGUGAUCAGCACUGAUGUAUCAAUAGCAGAUUGUCUUCUGCCAAUCACAUCACGAAUCUACAUGCUCCUGCAGAGGUUAACGACUGUAAUCUCUCCCCCUGUGGAUGUUAUUGCUUCUUGUGUCAAUUGCUUGACAGUCCUGGCUGCUCGGAUGCCAGCCAAGGUUUGGACUGACCUUCACCACACGGGGUUCUUGCCAUUUGUUGCCAAUCCACUGUCCAGUAUGAAUCAUAUGAUUAGUGCAGAGGGAAUGAAUGCUGGGGGCUAUGGAAACUUACUGAUGAGCAUGGAACAGCCCCAAGGCGAGUACAGUGUUACCAUCUCCUUCCUGAACCUGGUAACAACUCUUGUCCGGGGACAACUUGGUAACACACAGAGCCAAGGCCUGGUGCCCUGCAUUGUGUUUGUUCUGAAGGAAAUGUUACCAAACUACCACAAAUGGAGAUACAACUCUCAUGGAGUGAGAGAGAAAAUUGGGUGCCUAAUUCUGCAGUUGAUCCAUGCUAUACUGAACUUAUGCCCUGAAAUGGAUCCUCGCAGCAGCAAUGCCCCCAGCCUGCAGUCCUUGUGCAUUUUCAGCCUGGCCAACACAGAGGCAGGGCAAGCUGUCAUUAACAUCAUGGGAAUUGGGGUGGACACCAUUGACAUGGUAAUGGCCUCUCAGUCCAGCAGCAGUGAUGAGUCCCAAGGCCAAGGCCAGCUGCUGAUCCAGACAGUUAAGCUGGCCUUCUCCGUUACCAACAACGUCAUCCGGCUGAAGCCCCCGUCCAGCGUGGUGUCUCCCCUGGAGCAGGCACUCACUCAGCAUGGUGCUCAUGGAAACAACCUUAUUGCUGUCUUGGCCAAAUACAUCUACCACAAGCAUGACCCUGCACUUCCACGCCUGGCAAUCCAGCUGCUCAAACGACUGGCUACAGUUGCUCCCAUGUCUGUGUACGCCUGCCUGGGCAGUGAUGCUGCUGCCAUCCGCGACGCCUUCCUCACCCACCUGCAGAGCAAGAUCGAGGACAUGCGCAUCAAGGUCAUGAUCCUGGAGUUCCUCACAGUUGCAGUGGAGACACAACCUGGGCUUAUUGAGCUCUUCCUGAACUUGGAAGUAAAGGAUGGCAGUGAUGGGUCAAAGGAAUUCAGCUUGGGAGAGUGGAGUUGCCUCCAAGUGGUGUUAGAGCUGAUUGACUCCAAACAGCAGGAGAGGUACUGGUGCCCUCCCCUCCUGCACCGCGCUGCCAUCGCCUUCCUGCACGCGCUGUGGCAGGACCGUCGUGACAGCGCCAUGCUCGUGCUGAGGACAAAGCCAAAGUUUUGGGAAAAUUUAACUAAUCCCCUCUUUGGGACACUUCCUCCGCUUUCCGAAUCAUCAGAGCUCAGUGUCUUGGAUACCUGUGCCUUAAUAAUGAAAAUCAUCUGUUUGGAGAUCUACUAUGUUGUCAAGGGCUCUCUGGAUCAGUCCCUGAAGGACACACUGCAGAAUUUCUCCACCAAAAAGCGCUUUGCCUACUGGUCAGAGUACGUGAAGUCCCUGGCACAGCACGUGGCAGAGACCGAGGGCACCAGCUGUGCCUCCAUCACCGAGUAUCAAAUGCUCAUCUCAGCCUGGCGGAUGCUGCUCAUCAUCUCCACAAGCCAUGCUGAUAUCAUGCAUCUGACUGAUUCUGCAGUUCAUCAGCAAUUGUUUCUGGAUGUGCUAAAUGGCACCAAGGUUUUGCUUCAAGUUCCCAUGUCAGUGCCCUGUCUGCAGCUGGGGUCUAUGCUGUGUACCCUUCUUCUGAUCCUGCUCAAGCAGUGGAAAAGCGAGUUGAGUUCUGUGGAUAAAAUCAUAAACUCCUUGACGCAGAUUCUGGAGGGAGUACUGCAGGCAGAUCAGCAGAUGAUGGAGAAAACCAAAGCCAAAGUGUUCUCAGCUCUUAUCACUGUUCUGCAAAUGAAGGAGAUGAAAGUGAAUGACAUCCCCCAGUACCCACAGCUGGUGCUGAGUGUGUGUGAGACUCUCCAGGAUGAGGUCAUUGCGCUUUUCGACCAGACUCGGCACAGCCUGACCUUGGGAGAUGCUGCAGAUGACAAGGACAGCAUGGAGACUGAUGAUGCCUCCCGAGUAAAGCACAAGGACCAGCGAGAUGGGGUGUGUGUGCUGGGUCUGCAUCUGGCUAAGGAGCUCUGUGAAGUGGAUGAAGAUGGAGACUACUGGCUGCAGAUCACUAGGAAAGUCCCUGUGCUUCCUACCAUCUUUGCUGCACUGGAGAUCAGCCUGAGAGUUAAACAAAACCUUCACUUCACAGAGGCCUCCUUACAUUUGCUGCUGACCUUAGCAAGGACUCAGCAGGGAGCAGCAGCAAUGGCUGGAGCUGGUGUCACCCAGAGUGUCUGCCUGCCCCUCCUGAGCGUGUACCAGCUCAGCACAAACGGAGCCAUUCAGACAUCUGCUUCAUCCCGGAAGUCCCUGGAUGCCCCCUCCUGGCCCGGGGUCUAUCGCCUGUCCAUGUCCCUGAUGGAACGUCUUCUCAAAACACUGAGAUACAACUUCCUGACAGAAGCACUGGACUUUGUGGGUGUCCAUCAAGAGAGGAUCCUUCAGUGCCUGAAUGCAGUACGGACUGUGCAGAGCUUGGCCUGUCUGGAAGAGGCUGAUCACACUGUUGGCUUCAUUCUUCAGCUCUCAAAUUUCACAAAGGAGUGGCAUUUCCACCUGCCACAGCUUAUGAGGGACAUGCAGGUGAAUCUGUGUUACCUGUGCCAGGCCUGUACCUCCCUCCUGCACAGUCGUAAAAUGCUCCAGCACUACCUGCAGACAAAAAAUGGUGAUUCCCUUCCAUCCAGCGUGACUCCCCGAGUGCAGCGUAAUCCUCAGGCCUCCUCCAAACACCCCAGCCCCGAGUCAGAGGCAGCAGAGCAGAAGGCUCUGCUCACAGUGCAGUACAGCCUCCUCAAAAUCCUCAGCAAGUCUCUCGCUGCCCUGCGCCAUUUCACCCCUGAUGUCUGCCAGAUCCUCCUGGACCAGUCACUGGACCUUGCUGAGUACAACGUGCUCUUUGUCUUGAGCUUCACCACACCAGCCUUUGAUUCGGACGUUGCACCUUCCUUUGGGACCCUCCUUGCCACCGUCAAUGUGGCUCUGAACAUGCUGGGAGAGAUGGAUAAGAAGAAAGAACCUUUUCCUCAGGCUGCAGGGCUGAAUAUGCAAGAGGGAACCAAAACCCUCAAGUCUCUGCUCAUGUUUACAAUGGAAAACUGUUUCUACCUGCUCAUCUCCCAGGCUGUUCGGUACCUGCGGGACCCCGCUGUGCACCCCCGGGACAAGCAGCGGAUGAAGCAGGAGCUCAGCUCGGAGCUGAGUACGCUGCUCUCCAGCCUGUCCCGUUACUUCCGCCGGGGCGGUCCCUCUUCACCUGCCAGCGGGGUCCUUCCCUCUCCCCAAGGAAAGUCUGCCUCCAAGCUGGGUCCAGAGGGGCAGGAGCCCUUGUUUCAGCUCGUGCAGGCCUUUGUCCGGCAUGUGCAGAGAUAGAUCCUGUCCUGGCCCUGCCUCCCUUGUCAGGACUUGCAGCGGAACAAUUCACGUCCACCACAGAAGGCAUCACCUUUGGCAGAGCUGUUGUGAGGACUGGGAAGGGAGGGAGGCCAGGUGUGGGCAGUGGUGUCACCUGAGCAGCGAGAUCCCAUGGAACUCUUGCCACCCCAGAGCAGAGUGAAUGUAAGGAGAGCCCAGCUGGCUCUCCAUUGACCAGCGCACGUGCACAGUCUGCUCGCUCUAUCUGCCAGAGCAUCCUGGCUGGAUACAAGCAUUGAACAGUCAAAACCUUUAUUUUUAUAGCUUGUACCUCAGCUGGGGAAGCUGUGGCUGGAUGGGGAGAAGCGAUGCUUUCUGCUGGGCAUUAACUCUGCUCCUAACACAAGGUGCAAUCUGCGUCUCCCACGAGGAGUCCAGCUAAGACACACCCAAGGGAUCAGCCAGCAAUUCAGAGACCAUCUUUCUACUGCUAUUUUUGUACUGAAUGGUUCAAGGCACGAUGGUGUAUGUGUGCUCACGCCUUCCCUUCACCCUGCAGUCUGUGUGUUGUGUGUGUUUUUGAAGAGCAAGGCCUCACUUAAGGUUUUUAUGUCAAAAUUCCAUUGCUCCAGUCUUGCAGUUUUUUGUAACUGUGCCCUAUUUAUACUGAUAUUAAAACCUUUAUAGACAGCA